AAAUUACCAAAAUAAGGGAAGAAUAAGUGGAAAAUUCAACUAUUUUUUAUUUAAAAUAUAUUAUAAAAAAACAAGCCAUUUUUUCAGAACGGUGUUCUCAAAAUUUUUGUUUCAUGAUCAAAAAAUAGAGAAAAAAAACAAAAACAGAACAAUUUCACAAAUUUUGAUUUUAUUGAUUUUUUUCACUACUUAAGAAAGCAUUUCAAUUUUUUUUUCAAUUCAAAAUUUUCAGAUGUUUGCAUCUUCCCUCCCAAAAUCAUCACAUGAGAAAAAAUUUUUAGAAGUUCAAAUUCUCAAAAUAAGGAAGAAUAAAUGAAAAUUCAAAAAUGUUUGAUUUAAAAUACAUAUGAAAAACCAGUCUUUUUCUCAAAAAUACCUCAAUCAAUAUUUUUCAGAAAUAGGAGUCUCAAAAUUUUAGUUCCAUGAUAAUUAAAAAAUGGAAAAAAGUGAGUGCAAAAAAAUUUAUGAGUUGGAAAACAGGAAGAAAAAUCUGUUUAAAAGACAAAUAUUUGUGUAGAAUUGAGAUCACAGGGUGGCUGACCGACAACCGUCCAGCUAAUCUUGUUUUUGUUCACCAUUUUUACAUAAAAAGAAUUUGAAAAAUUUUCAUAUUUAUUUUUCUUUUGUUAAAAAUUUGAGUCCCUCCUUCACUUCUCAAAAACCAAAAUACUUGAAAAAAGUCUUUUUGAAAGUUCUGUUUGUUUCCCCUAAAUUUUCAUGUUGUCCUGUUUCCCUAAAAGUUUGUACAUUUUCCACUCUUUUGAUACCCAUUUUGAUUUUCGAACAUUUUUCAUCUCGAAUCUUACACAAUUGAAAGAAAAAACUCUGAAAAAGUUGUAACCCCCUCAGGAAUAUUCACUUUAAAAAAUUUUUAUCAGAAAAAAUUUCAACUUUCCCUCUCCUUCCUAAAACAUUAAAAUAUUUGAAAAAAGUUCUUCUGAAAGUUCUGCUUUAUUCGCCAUUUUCAUGUUCUCCUGCCUUGACAGUUUGUACAUUCUCAAUUUUUUUUAAAUUUUGAGUUUCGAAAUAAUUUUAUCUUUAAUGAUAUAGAUUUGAAAAAAAAAUGUGAACAAAUUUUGCCCCCCCCCCCUCAUUCUUAUUUAAAAAUUGUUUUGGUUUUCCAUUUUUCAAAUUAACCUUCGAAUUUUUUUUUUUCAUUUUCUCCUUUUUGAAUAUUAUUCUUUUUUCUAUGGGGAUGUAGAAUUAAAAGAAAUCAACUUACAAUCCAACCCCUCCCCCCAAAAAAAAUUCGAAAAAAUUGGUUCAAAAUAUUUCCUUGAAUAAUGAAAAAAAUCUGAAAAAAUGUUAGUAUCGCAUUCGCAUAUUAUAUUGGUUAAACACAUUGUAUUUAAGACCAUUUCAGCUCAAAGUUUGAAAAAAUUGACUUUAGAACUUUUUUCAGGGGGUUCUCAAAGUUCGCCAUCCCCGAAAGUGAUCUGCAAAGAUGAAGUCAAAAAUUGACUCGAAAUAAAAAUUCAAGCGUGCCAGUCGAUUAAGAAGUAAAAUGCAACAUCUUUGCCGCAAAUCGGACCUCGAUAGCUUUUCAUGGUUUCCCAAAAUGUGGACCUCAAAAAAAAGUCAAAAAUUGAAUUUUUCGAUAUGAGCCAAGUUAUUGAGGGAUUUGCAAAUGAUAUCAAUUGACCUUACUACUAGUAGCAAUAAACCAUGAAAAGGGCAUUAGCGGGGCUCGACGGGAAGGGUCAAAAAAGGGGGUUCCAAAAUUUUCAAAAAUAGAAAUACCCUCACCACAACCCCCAAAAAGGUCAAAAAUGAAAAAAGCGUUACGAGCUGCAUUGCUUACCCUUAAAGCAACAUAUAUUCGCUACUUUUAAUUUUUUACAUUUUCGAGCAGUGGUUAUAAAAUUUUUUGAAAUUUUUGACUUUGGGGCCACCCCACAGCCACCCUAUGGGUUCCCCUGGGAAAAUAUCACCUGAUAUUAAUAAUAGGGAACAUCCCCUAUAAGAAAAGGCCAUUCAAGUCUCGAAGUAGCGAGGGGCACGAAAAUGGCCAUAAUGACCCUCCUUCUUUUCUAUUUUUUUGAUAUUUUGGGUUUUGGAAAAAAUUUUCAUCUCGAAUCUUACAGAAUUGAAAGAAAAAACUCUGAAAAAGUUGUAACAUCCUCAGGAAUAUUCACUUGAAAAAUUUUCAAUCAGAAAAAAUUUCCACCCUCCCACCCCCCCCCCCCCCCCCAAAAAAAUUACCAAAAUAGAUCUUCUGAAAGUUCUGCUUUUUUCAUGUCAUCCUGCUUAUUUGACAGUUUGUAUAUUUUCCAUUUUAUCAAAAUUUUGACUUUCUAAACAAUUCGAUUUUCAAUGAUAUAGAUUUUAAAAGAAAAUGUGAACAAAUUUUGGCACCCCCCCCCCCCAUUUUUAUUUAAAAAUUGUUUUGGUUUUCCAUUUUUCAAAUUGACCUUCGACAUUUUUUAUUUCGGAAUAAUGUUCUUCUUUCUUUGGGAAUGUAGAAUUGAAAGAAAAACAAUUUACAGAAGUUCCAACCCCCCCCCCUUCCCAAAAAAAUCGAAAUAAAAAAAUUAGUUCAAAACAUUUUUUUUGAAUAAUGAAAAAAAUCUGAAAAAAUGUUGUCAUCACCCCUCCCCUUCAAAAAAAAUGGUAGAUAUCAAUUCUUUUCACUACUUUAAGAAAGCAUUUAAAUUUUUUUUCAAUUCAAAAUUUUCAGAUGUUUACACCUUCCCUCUAAAAUUUAUCAUCACUUGAGAGAAAAAAUUCUCAAAAUACUUAAGUAAGAGAUGAAUAAAUAGAAAAUUCAAAAAUGUUUGAUUUAAAAUAUGAAAAAACCAGUCAUUUUCUCAAAAAUAACUCCAACUUUUUCAGAAAAAGGAGUCUCAACAUGGAAAAAAGUGAGUGCAAAAAAAUUUGUGAGUUGGAAAACUGGAAGAAAAAUUUCUGUAAUUCUGUAAAAGACGAAUAUUUGUGUAGAAUUGAGAUCACAGGGUGGUUGACUGUCCUGCUAAUACGGCUUUUGUUCACCAUUUUAAAAUAAAACUUGAAAAAUUUUUACUUAUUUUCCCUUUUUUAAAAAUUCUAGUCCCUCCUUCACUUCUCAAAAACCAAAAUACACUUGAAAAAAGUCCUUUCGAAUGUUCUGUUUGUUUCCCCUAACAUUUUCAUGUUGUCCUGCUUCUCUGACAGUUUGUGUAAAUUUCCUAAUUUUUUUUGAUAUUUUGAUUUUCGAAAAAUUUUCUUCUCGAAUCUUACACAAUUGAAAGAAAAAACUCUGAAAAAGUUGUAACCCCCUCAGAAAUAUUCACUUUAAAAAUUUAUUAUGUAUCAGAAAAAAAAUUCGACCCCCCCCUCCCCCUCCUAAAACACCAAAAUAUUUGAAAGAAGUUCUUCCGAAAGUUCUGCUCUAUCCCAUAUUUUCAUGUUGUCCUGCUUGUUUGACAGUUUGUACAUAUUUCAUUCUUUCAAAAUUUUGAAUUUCGAAAUAAUUUGAUCUUCAAUGAUAUAAAUUUGAAAAAAAAUGUGAACAAGUUUUGGCACCCCCCCCCCUUCCACUACCCUUCAUCCUUAUUUAAAAAUCGUAUUGAGUUUUCAUUUUUAAAAUUAACCUUCGAUUUUUUUUUUUUUCAUUUUCUCCAAUUAUGUGUUCUUUUUUCUUUGGGGAUGUAGAAUUAAAAGAAAUCAACUUACAAAAGUUCCAAUCCCCCCUCCAAAAUUGAAAUAAAAAAAUUAGGUCAAAACAAUAUAGUACAACUUGAAGAAAAUGCACUGUUAUUUCAUCUUUUAAAUCAAAUUUUUCAAUGUUCCAUUUCUCUCCUUCUUAUUAUAGAAAUUUGAAUAAUUUUGAAAAAAAAAUGGAAAUUGGGAGACAGAUCUCAAAGUUUUGAAAUAAAAAAAUUAGUUCAAAAUAUUUCCUUGGAUGUGAAAAAAAUGUUUUCAUCACAUCCCCCCUCUAAAAUUUGCCAAUUUGCCCAUUUCAAAUCACCCAAAAUCGCCCAAACCACAACUUUGGCUACUAAGUAUUCGACGAUUUUAUUUUUUCACGUCUUUUUUUGAAAAUUCUGAAAGAGUUGGGUCAUAUUUAGUGAUAAUUAGGUUGUGCAUAUUUGUUCGAGCUAAUAAAAAAAGAACCAUUGUCCAAAACAAAACAAUAAAAAGUUUUCAGAGCAUAAAAAAAUGUAUUUUUUAGGAUUUUUUUUUGCAAAUUUCGAAUUACCCGCAUCGUCCAAAGAUUAUUUUUCAAGCGAUUAUGACAAUUUCAGAUCCCCUAGUAUGGCAACACUAUAUUAGAUCAUCAAAAAAAAGGAAAUGAUCAGAUUUUUCUUUGUUUUGAUACUGAAUUUAUCGACUUUGAUCAAAAAUUUGAAAAAUAAGGCCAAAAAAUUAAACAAAAAGAACACGCAAAAAUACCCAAUCACUCAAAAUUUCAAUCCGUUUAGUCCAUUUUUUUUUAAUACCUCUCCCCUCACUCUAAUUCAAUUUGAAUCAAUUUCGGAUCAUUCAGAUGGAGCAGUUUUAAAACCUCGAGCAUAUUUUUAAAAAUCACAAUUCUUGCAAAAUUUUACGACUCAAGUCAACAAUUACGAAACGCCAGAAACACUCAACUGCGCAGAAAUGAGAGGAAAUGGUGGUUAGAAGCAUCUGAAAAAAUGAUGAAAAUUCGAGGUUAAUAUGCCAAUUUGGAAUUCGGGGAUCGAAAUUCGGGCCUUACGCCCCAGGAUCUGAAAAUUCAGCGAUUAAAUUCAACGCACUUACUUACUUAUUCUUUCAAGUGUAUGGUAUGGAUUCAUUGAGUGCACAUUCUGCGAGUAUUAAAUGCUACGUCGAAAAUUCACACUCACCUGAAACAUAAAAAUGAAAUAAAAUGUUGAUAAGUUGAUUCAACGACAAAAUAAAAAAGAAAAAAAGAACGAAAAAAUGGAUAUUCUCCCCCUUCUCUUAUCAGGUUUCCAGACACUCAGAAAAAAAAUUGAAGACGUACAAAAAUGAAGAAGAAAAAUUUGAAAUUCAACCAAACGAUCAUUUUUUCCAAUUUGGAAUUCCCUUUCGAAUAAUUUCGUUCUUGAUAGUGGAGAACCACGCCUGCAGACUCGCUUUCGACCAGAUUACAAUACGAAAGCUGAAGAAAUUGCCUAUCUUUCGCAGACUGGCGCAGAACUACACACAAGUGCACUAUUUUGUCACAAAAUCACUCGUAAUCAGUAUAAAUUUGAUUCACAUUCACACUGUUGCUAGUGUUGCUCUGAAGACUCAUCUAAUACUUGGUCUCUGUUCAUCAUUUUUGCCAUUACUUAAUGAUUUCACGUCACGUAGGUAUUAGGUAAGUACAUGAGCGCAAAAUGAAAUGACUAAAAAUGAAUCAAUGUCAUCGAAGAUAAAAAAAAUUCAUGAUAUCGCAGAAUCGUUCAUUUGACUCCAUUACAGAUAGUAGUGCUUCUGCUUAUCGAAUGUUGACAAUUUUUUUCUCUAAACGUGAAUAGAAAGUAAUUUCGGUUUGGCUAAAACCAUCACAAAUUUUUAAAAGUAAGUUUUUUUCGAAUAUUUUCCAUUUUUUUCGAUUAUUUGAGUCUUAUUAUUUGACUCAAAGAUGAACUUCAUAAACGACGCCGUGCUACGCUCCAUAUUAACCUCCAAACAUCACGAGAACGUCUCCUCAAAAUCGAUUCGUAUACUCGAUUGGCAAAUCGACGACAGCAUCGUAAAAGCUGGAAGCAACUUUUCGACUCAAGUAUCUCGUCUAACUAUUCGCUACUUGGAAAAUCCUCAAACUGAAGAACAUCACGACGACAUCGCUCCUCGAAAAGAACACUUCUUCCUCAAGGUACCAGUCAACGCUCCACUCUACGAAUUACACAAACAAUUGGGCAGCUACGACAAAGAGGUAGCAAUAUACACCGAAGUACUCCCUCAAAUGUACAUCGUCGUUGACGAGUACUUCUCACCGAGACAAUACUACUCAGACGAUGAAAAAUCUCUAGUAUUAGAAGAUCUAUCCCAAUCCGGGUACAGAUGCGCCGAUCGACUGGAACAGCUCGAUAUCGAGCACUGUUUUCACGCUCUUCGAUGCCUCGCCAAAUUCCACGCAUUAUCCGUCAAAGUGGAGUCAACCGUCGGUCUACCAGAAUCGGUAAAACGGGACCAUUUCCUACACCCAGAGGGAUGGUCUGCUGACACUGGUGCCGCGAUCAAGUUACAGAUACCCAUAUUUAUCGAUAGUCUUCCAUCCGAUCUGAAAGAUCAAUACCCCAAAAUGAUCGACUAUUUUCAAAAAUUAUCGUCUCUCGAAGCUGUAACAAGCAUGCAGGAACAGCUGAUGGCUAACGAGUUCAAAGUUUUGAAUCACGGUGAUUUCUGGACCAAUAACAUAAUGUUCAAGUACGACAAAUGCGAUACGAUUAAGGAAGUUAAAUUGAUCGAUUUUCAAAUGACUACGUGGUCGAGUCCGGCCAGAGAUUUGAUUUAUUUCGCCAUCACCAGUAUCAAAUUCCAAGUGUACCGAAAAUAUUUCCCCCUGUUGUUGAAAAUUUAUCUGGAUACGUUGAACAGAAUACUCGGUCUGUUGAAUUGUCCAACUUACAAUAUGAGCAGUCUGCUCGACGAUAUAGAUAUUAUGUUUCCGUUCGCGUCGAUCACAUUAUGCAGCAUGCUGCCUAUAAUCAUAUCAGAUCCGGAUGAUCCGAUCAACACCGAAGAAAUGAGCAAAGAUGAUAAAAUCGAAAUCCACGGUAUGGCCAAGGGCUAUAAACAGAAACCUUUCCGGGUUAUUUCAGCCAAGUGGUUCGAGCAUUUCGCCCAGAAAGGUACUCUGCGCAUCGACGAAUAGAAUACUCCAAAAAUCACCUUAUCAAAAGCAGAUCGAUGAUACCAUCGGAGUUCACCCACGUUUCCUUUCAUAAAAUUGAUUGGUAAGAUUGAAGUUGAACGCUAUACUUACUCAUAAUUCACCUUUCGUAUUUAAAAACCAUACCUAACUAUGUAUUGACUAAUUUUUAAAAAUAUAUAUUUCAAAACAAAA